CCGGGAAAAGCGUAAACAAUCAACAAUACAAUAACCCACCGAAACAGUAGAUAUAUUUUCCAAUUUUGAUCAUGCCAUCAGACUAUACCGAUUUUCGCGACCCAAGCCGUCCAGUUCAGCGCAAAGGUUCGCUGAUGAAUUUCCGUACGAAGGAGUUCACCGAAAUUCCACCAAAAGAUGUGUUUGGCAAAUGUCGCUAUGUAUCUUCGUUUCAAAAAUGCAACCGUGUCGGUGAAGGGACUUAUGGGAUUGUUUUUCGUGCUCGUGAUACGGUUUCAAACGAAACAGUCGCUCUCAAGAAAGUACGCAUUGAUCAGGACAUAUUCAAAGAUGGAUUCCCGGUCAGUGGACUACGCGAGAUACAGAUUCUAAAAAACUGCAAACAUGAAAAUGUAGUUCAGUUGAAAGAGGUCGUAGUGGGGAACAGUUUGGAGAGUAUUUUUCUAGUGAUGGAAUUCUGCGAACAGGAUUUAGCUUCGCUGCUGGAUAAUAUGGACUCGCCGUUCACCGAAUCACAAGUGAAAUGUAUUAUUAUACAGCUUCUAAAAGGAUUGAAAUAUCUACAUUCAAACUACAUCAUACACCGGGACCUGAAGGUUUCGAAUUUGCUGCUCACCGACAAGGGCUGCCUGAAAAUAGCAGACUUUGGUUUAGCCCGAUAUGUCAGCGACUCGGACAAACCGAUGACUCCCGGACUGGUAACGUUAUGGUAUCGACCCCCGGAGCUGUUAUUCGGUGCCAAAACGCAAACCACCGCCGUGGAUAUGUGGGCAACGGGAUGCAUUCUUGGAGAGCUGUUAAUACAUAAGCCCCUGCUGCCAGGAUUGAGUGAAAUUUCUCAGAUUGAGCUGAUCAUCAACCUCCUUGGUACCCCAACGGAAAGCAUUUGGCCAGACUACGCCAAGCUGCCAAUGGUUCAAAAUUUCACCCUCAAAAUGCAGCCGUACAAUAAUUUGAAGAGUAAAUUUCCGUUCCUCUCUUCGGCCGGGUUCCGCUUGUUAAACUACCUUUUCAUGUACAACCCGAAGAAUCGUGCCACCGCAGAUGAAUGCCUUUCGAGCACCUACUUCAAGGAGGCGCCCUUGCCUUGUGACCCAAAGUUAAUGCCCACGUUCCCGCAUCAUCGAGAUCUCAAGAAAACAUCGGUAGGAAAUACGGGUGAUCAUAGCAAACGCACCAGCAGCUCCACGCACAGCCGUGCCUCAAUCGAUGGAGGACAUGUGCCCACUAUUUCGGAUUUACUUGGUUCACUCAUAAAAAAACGGCGUGUCGAUUAACAGAAUUAAUAUAAUCGUAAACUAAAUGCUUUACUUUAUUCUUCCACCAAGGGCAAUUUGGCUCGACGAAAUAAACACUCCUUCACUACAGAUAUUCACGAUCCAUGGGUGUUUUCUUAGCACGCUUAUCACGAGCC